CUUCCCCUCAGGGGGGCGGCCUCGGCCAUUUUGCGCGUCAGGUCAAGCCUCCUCCUCCUCUUCUCCAAAAAGGGACAUCUCUCUCUCUCGCUCGCUCGCUUUCUUUCCACCUCCUUACCCUGUGGAAUUGAUGCACUUUGGUACCACUUUAGCCGCCCUGGCUCGGGGCUACUUUUCCUCCUCCGGGACACAGAAGGUGGCUCCAGUCAGGAGAGGCUCUGCAGGCAGGCAGUCCCCCAGUUACGAACCUCGGUCGGUUCUUGAGUUGGAUUCGUAUAACAAGUUUUACAAUUCCGGGCACAGCAGUGGUGGAGUAACAAGAAUUUCCAUCAAGAAUAAUCAAGACUGUAACCCCUUGUGUUGUGUCAUCUUUCUGUUUUGAGGGAUGCAUUUUUCAUGCAACACACCUAGGGACUAUAGGUGCCACACUAGUGUGUCCUGACACAGUUUGGAAAGCUGUGGUCUAAGGUAAAUAUGACACAUUAAUGGUGUGUUUAAACUCACGUCCCAGCUACAAGCUAUCUCAUUUAUGCAAAUAUGGGUAUUCCAAAAUCCAAAAUACUUAUUCUGUUCUCAGGCAUUUUGGAAAAGGGAUAAUCAACAAUUCUGGGCACAGAAUUAUUUAGUUGUAAAUGUGUGUGUAUUAGGAAGUGCUAGCUUAUGGACCUGAAGAUUCUAGCAAGACAGAUACAUCACACAAACUUAAAAGUUUUUCCACUUAUAGCAUGUGGAGUGGUCAGACCCAUGUUGUUGUUUUUAGAAAUCUCUCAUUGGGUUCCCUUGGAAGGCCAAGAUUAAAAUUCUUACACAGAGACCAUGUUCACAAGCCUGAGAGCUCCAAGGAAUACAAAUUGCCGGCACAAAUUCACAUUUUUUUUCAUUAGUCAGGACCAGAUAAUCCAGGAAGUCUGGCAUACGUAUCUGUGUGUUCAUUUAGUGUCUUUCAGAUCUAGUCUAGCACAAUUACAGAUUAAUUAAUUUGCCACUCUUCUAAUGAGUAGAACUGUAGAACUGAAAAUUAGUAUGAAAUUUAAUUAGUAAGCCUCACAAUAGUUCUGAUCAAAAGGUUCAUGCCAUUGUCUCUAAUUUACAUGUCCUGUGCAGGGAAUCUGUUACCACCUGAUUUGUUCAAGGUCACAGAGAACAGCCAGUAGGCCAUAACUUGAUUGUAGCUGAAGGGGCGGGGGGAAGCCUUGGCAGUAAAGUAUGAAAAAGCAAUCAAACUAGUAUCCAAGCCAAAUAAUUGUGCCUUGGAAGCUGCCAACAUAAAGCUUCAUGCUCUGCGGACAAAAAUAUCCACAGCCUAGCAUUUCUGCCUACCACUCCUGCGAUCAAAGUAAAGAGGAACCAUAGAUGAUCUGAUACCUGGGGUGAAGUACACUUGUAUGGAAUUACUGUAAUUGUGUUCCUUCAGCCCAUAGUGAUCCUGUGAUGACCCCAUCUGAGGGUUUGCUUGGGAAAAAGGGAGGGAAUUUGCAGUUGUCAUCCUCUCAGGAUGAGAGAAUGUGACUUGACAAAGAUCACCCAGGGAUUUCCAUGACUGAACCCUGGUCUCCUGGAGUCCUAGUCCAGCACUCAAACCACCAUACUGUGCUGUGUCAUAUUAAAUUACGUAACUGUUGUGUGACUUCAAGACAUUUUGGACGAUUGUAAGGAUUUUCUUGGCAAGAUUUGUUCUGAGGAGGGUUGUCUUUGCCUUCCUCCUGAGGUUGAGAGAGUGUGACAUGCCCAAGAUCCCCUAGUGGGUUUCUAUGGCUGUGUGGGGAUUCAAACCCUGAUUUCCAGAGUUACAGUUCAGUGCUAAAACCGUCACACUGCACUGGCCCUAAGUCAAUUGACGGUGUACUUAGAGUAGCUGUUAGACUUUUACUAUGUGCAUUUAUAAGUGAUAUUGACCAAGAAUUUUAAAAAAUGGGCACUUCUGGUUGGAUUGGGAAUUCAGAAAUUGCUAGUUUUAUACUGUAUAUAGUUCCUAUUGGAGAACUAAAUUCUUUGUCAAAAAGAGAAUUGAGUAUGUCAACAUACAGAGGUCCAUGUCUAAGAAAUCCUAAGAAGUAUUGGCCCUCAUUUUAUCUCUGACUUCUGUAUCAUGCAAACAGAUAAAGGAAUGAAAUAAAUUGUUUUCAUAUGUCUUAAGGUACUCAUAUAUGAUCCCAACAAGACAUCUGUUCAGGUGUUUCCUUUGACUCAGAGUUGAAGCACCUUACCUUUCCAAGUUUUGUGUUAAGAAAUGAAUUACAGACGACCUUGUAUUUUUGGUACAGUGUGAAACCAAAUCAACAACCUGAUAUAUUCUCAGAAAACCAAAUGUCAAUAUAUUUGAGUCUAAAAUACUCCCGUUGCCACUUCAAACCGAGCUGCUCUGUAUCUCAAAUUAAAUAAGCAUUUUGGAAUGGCAGUACUAGCACUUUUGUACUUUGAGCCGUAAAUGUUCAAAUGGCUGGAAUUUGUGCACUGUUGGUUUUGUAGCUGGAUACAAUCUGAACAAAUUGUACAGCGAGUUGAAAUCUUCCCCAUCUUCAGCCCCAGUGUGCCUGCAUACACUCAUUCACUGCAAAAAGACUAGCAAAUCCCCCUUUAGCCCACAUCAUUUCAGCCAGAUCUAUACUUUUGAAAACAUCAUGUGCUCAUCUGCUGUUGCAGGGGAAAGCAGAGGAAACAAAACAAUAGGAUAGGGAAAGUCUUUUUAAUCAAGCUACAUGCAAGCAGUUUUUGUUAGGUUGGCUUCAUUAAAAAAACAACAACAACAUACAUUUGGAGAUAGAGAUAAAAUUUCAAGAACAUAUGGGCAUCGUCAUGCUUCCUUGCCACUGCAUUUUUUAACAUUUGGAGAUGCCACAGUUAAAGCUUAAAACCAAAAUUGUCUCCAUAAAAAUGCAGUGGAUGAUAAACAGGCAAAGUAUAAUAUUAUACAUUUUAAAUGUACAGUCACACAAAUGACCUUUUUGGAGGGUCGUUUAUAAAUGCUAUCAUUAGCAAAGGAAAUGGGGGCAAAACAGUUGUGUGUUUUUAAAUAACAUUCUGUUGAAUGUGGGCUUGAGCUGUAGUCCUACAUGUGCUCUGCCUGCCAACAGUGUACAGGAUUGCAGCCAGCAGUCUAAAUUCAGCCUGCUUUGCCCCAACUAAAAAUAUUCUCCUCCUAAUUAGGAUAUUGUAGACCUGUACCAUGCAAAAUCUGCACACAGAAACCGUACAACUGCAGAAUUAUAGGAUGGAAUGCAGAGAUCCCACAAUUGCAAUGUACUAAUCCCAUGUGCGCUAUACAGCAGAUUCUAUGUAUCUCAUUUCCUUUGUGCUUUCAAAUGUGGCCUAGGUAGUCCCAGAUAGUUCACUGAAAUCAGUGGGAAAUUUAUUGAAAGCUACCGGAAAUGGAUAUGACUCCAUCCAAGCAUACAGCUCAUUGCUGCAUAAUUCUCUUCCUAGAAAUGUAGCCUUUACUUAGGAAGACAUAUGAGAACUCAGUAUGUUCAGUCUGCUAAUGGAAAAACCUGAUUGCUGUGUUCAAAUAUCAAAGUGCUGUUAUGCAGAAGAUGGCAUCGAUGUUCAGAGGUCAGGACUAGAUUAAAUGGGUGGAAAUUAUGCAAGGAAAUAUAUUUUGGUUAAGCAUUAGGAGAAAUUGUACAAAGUGACAGUGGAGCAGACUGCUUCCAAGUGAGGCUACUGUCCAGUGUUCUUUGCUAGACAGCCAGCGGCCCAAUAUAUAGCAGGUGAUUAGAUUAAGGGUGCAUCUACACUGUAAAAUUAAUGCAGUUUGAAACCCCUUUAUCUUCCAGAGUUCAAUGCUAUGGAAUCACAGAAGUCUGUCCUUUUAUCUUUCUCAGACAGAGAGUGCUGGUACCUUACCAAACUACAACUCCCAGGCUUCCAUAGCAUUGUGCCAUUGCAGUUGAAGUGGUGUCAAACUGCAUUAAUUCUACAGUGUAGGUCAGGCAUGAGCAAAUUUUGGCCCUCCAGGUGUUUUGGACUUCAACUCCCACAAUUCCUAACAGCCAGUAAGCUGGCUGGGAUUUCUGGGAGGUGAAGUCCAAAACACCUGGGGGACUGAAGUUUGCCCAUGCCUGGUGUAGAUGCACCCUAGAUUACCUUCAAAAAUCCCUUCUAAUAUCAUGAUUUUGCAAAUGCAUGACUUCAGGCUACAGAUGUGGAAUAGCCAAAGAAGUCAGCAUGUCAUGAAAAGAGCCAAAUCCCUCUGACAGUUUUUCAUGUGUAGCAAUUUCUAUAUUUAUAUGGAGGUCAUACACAGGGUUUGAAAACUGCAAGUAAUAAGUAACAGUUAUAGAUCCAAACACAAUUGAGGAAACUCACUGCUCUAAAACUUCCCGAAUCUUCUAUCCUGUAUGGCUUGGGGCCUGUGUGAUUUCUCUGCUAGCAAUCUGCAAUUGUUUGGGAGCAGUCUAUCAUAUGAUGAGUUAUUUGUCUAGACCAGUCAUUUGUCAUGACUAACAGCUCCUGUUCAUUUCAGUAGAGCUUGGCAGCAAAUAAUCUUUGCUGCCAGAUUGUGUCCGGUGUAUUCAGGAAUUACUGUUUUGCAGGACCGCAUACCUGAGAAACCACAGCAAGCAUGUGACAAGAGUUUAUAUUUUAACAGGUAGCUCGGCAUGUUAAAUUGCUGGUGACUGGACUAUAAUAUGAAGGAAAAGCUAGACAUCAGGAAAAAUUAGUGUAAAGAAUGUGCUUGGCAUCAAAUGUUUCCCAAAUAAAACACAACUGGUAAUCACUUCUCCUUGUAGUCUGCUCUUGCUAUCUUCUUUACCUGUUAAAAGCCCACUUGUCGAUGGAUGUCCAGAAUCAGCAGCAUCCACCGCGGUCCUUUUUAUCCUGGGCGACGACCGAGCCAGUAUAGACUUCGUUUUGAUUUGAUUCUCCAUAAUACCAAUGGGUUAGGUGCUCUUAGUUCUGCUCCUCAGCUGAGGCCUCUCUGGCUUGGUUGGACCUGCCGGUAGUUACACUACCGCCAGCACAGCCCUCAGUCAUCAUUGGAGCAGUUAAGUCCCCGCACCACGUCAAGUAUUGGAAAAUGAGCACGCAAAGAUACUGUGGGACUUCCGAAUCCAGACUGACAAAGUUCUGGAACACAACACACCAGAUAUCACAGUUGUGGAAAAGAAAAAGGUUUGGAUCAUUGAUGUUGCCAUCCCAGGUGACAGUCGCACUGACGAAAAACAACAGGAAAAACUCAGCCGCUAUCAGGACCUCAAGAUUGAACUGCAAAGGCUCUGGCAUAAACCAGUGUAGGUGGUCCCGGUGGUGAUGGGCACACUGGGUGCUGUGCCAAAAGAUCUCAGCCGGCAUUUGGAAACAAUAGACAUUGACAAAAUUACGAUCUGUCAACUGCAAAAGGCCACCCUACUGGGAUCUGCACGCAUCAUCCGAAAAUACAUCACACAGUCCUAGAUACUUGGGAAGUGUUCGACUUGUGGUUUUGUAAAACGAAAUCCAGCAUAUCUAUCUUGUUUGCUGUGUCAUGCAAUAAAAUAAUAAUAAUAAUUCUGACUGGCAGCCCAAGUGGUUUUCCACAAUAUCAGGCAGGAUUUAUCCCUAGACAUACCUGGUGUUCCCCGUAGUCUUCCACCUAAAUACUAAGUCUGAUCUUGUUUUAGAAUAUUUCAGAGUGUCUUUGGGAUAGUACAGGGGCUAAUUAAUUGCACUGCUGUAUUGAAAUUUUACAAGAGAAAUCCUACCAUAUUUGGCAGUGCAGAAACAGUUAAACAAAGUAGAUUCCAGUUAACUAUAUGAAUAUGUUCAGAUUCAAAUUUUGUUUACACUUCCAAAUUCUCUGUUGGGUAAAACAGAACUGUCUUUCCAGCUACUGCCCUGAGUCCUUUUAAUUCUAAAUGGCAUGAGUGGCUUGAGGUCCAAGUAAUGGGGCGCAUCUCCAUUCAGACCAGUAGUGCUUGGGGAGGAAAGUUUUGGGAUGAUGGGAGAAGGGAAAAUGUGCUUGCUCUGCCAUUCCAAGCCUGACUUGGAACUACAAGUCAUCAGUUCCUGGUUGACUGGACUCACAAACAGAAAGGCCCCUUUUACACUGCCAUAUAAAAUCUGACUUAUCUGUCUUGAACUGGAUUAUAUGGUAGUUUAGAUUCAGAUAACCCAGUUCAAGGUAGAUAAUGUGGAUUAUCUGCUUUGAUAAUCUGGAUUAUAUGGCAGCGUAGAAGGGUUCCAAGAGUCUUGUUAGGAGUGAGGGAUACACAGCAAUCUUAUUGCGAUUGUAGGCCCUUCUAAUGCAGUACUUCUAAUAUCAAACUUGAGAUCGCAUGGUACAGUGGUUUGAACAUUGGAUCAGGACUUUGGAGACCAGGCUUUGGGUCCCUAGUGGGCUAUGGAAAUCCACUGGAUGACUUUGGAUAAGUCACACUGUCUCAGAGGAAGUUAACAGCACCCCCACCCCAAAUCUUGCCAAAUCUAUCCUUAACCUAUCCUUGACUUGAAGGUGCAAAAUGAUGUCAAAACUGACCAGGUACCUUUUAAUUCAACCACCAAAUAGGACAAGCCUCCCAACAAGAGAGUAGUUUCUAGAUAUCUGAAGGCAGGAGAGGCAUGCUUUCCAGAUGUUCACACUGCAUGUAUGGAUAUUGAAAGAGAGGACUAGGGGUGCAUCUAUACUCUAGAAUUAAUGCGGUUUGAUAUCAUUUUAAUUGACAUAGUUCAAUGCUAUGACAUCACAGAGGCUGUAGUUUUAGAAGGUCUUUAACCUUCUCUGUCAAAGAGUGCUGGUGUCUCACCAAACUACCCUGUUUCCCCUAAAAUAAGACAUCCCCAGAAAAUAAGACCUAGUAGAGGUUUUGCUGAAUUGUUAAAUAUAAGGCCUCCCCCGAAAGUAAGACCUAGCAAAGUUUUCGUUUGGAAGCAUGCCCGCCAAACAGAACACCAGAGCAUGCAGGAUCGGUAAAUGUACGUACCAUAAAGUGUUGUACAUGGAAAUAUUGGUAGUAACAAGAAAUUCUUGAUAGGAUUCAGAGUUUAUCUGGUUAUGCUGGUUUGUGAUGACAACUACUGUACAGUAUACAGAAUAUAAUAUAAUAUACAAUAAUAUAUAAUAAUAUAAUAUAUUGGCAUCUCCAUUUCUAAGAUCAAGAGCCAGCAUUGUCCAUAGACACCUCCAAGGUCAUGUGGCCAUAGGCAUGACUGCAUGGAACGCUGUUAUCUUCCUGCCAUUGUAGUACCUAUUGAUCUACUCACAUUUGCAUGUUUUCGAAGUGCUAGGUUGGCAGAAGCUGGGGCUAACAGCAGGAGCUCACCCCGCUCCUUUCGGUCAUGGCCACAUGACCUUGGAGGCAUCUACAGACAACGCCAGCUCUUCGGCUUGGAGAUGGAGAUGAGCACCAAUCCCCAGAGAUGGACACAACUAGACUUAAUGUCAGGUGAAUAAUAAUAAUAAUAAUAAUACAGUAGAGUCUCACUUAUCCAACAUAAUAUUACUAAUAAUAUUACAGUAGAGUGGUAUAGUUCAAUACAGUAAUAUAUAAUAUUAUAAUAUAUAAUCUGUAUUUAAUUGCUUAUGUUUUAUUCUUUUGUAUUGUUGUGUAUUGGCAUCGAAUUCUGCCAGUUUUGUAAGCCGCCCUGAGUCCCUUCGGGUGAGAAGGGCGGGAUAGAAAUGAUGGAAAUAUAUAAUAAAUGUUCAUUUUUUUGUUCAACAAUAAAUGUAAAUUCUUCUUCAUGGAAAAAUAAGACAUGCCCUGAAAAUAAGACCUAGAGCAUCUUUGGGAGAAAAAAUUAAUGUAAGACACUGUCUUAUUUUCGGGGAAACACGGUAUAACCCCCAUGGUAGUUAACCCCAUUAUCAAACCCCAAUAAUUCUACAGUGUAGAUACACCUCAGGCCACAGGAUACUUGGGAUGGGAUUGGUUAUCACUUGAAAGAAACAGUUCUCACCCAUUUUAUUUUACUCUGCAGAAAGCUCUUUAGAACAUAGCAGCUUAGGCCUCUUAGAGUUGUUCUUUUAUGCAAUGCUCCCUUCCUCUGAAGCCAGCACUUGAAAAUCCCCCAAAUCUCAGAAGCAACAAGAACUCAAAAUAAUUUUGACUUCCAUAAAACACUCUUCUACUGUUCUCAUUUUGCAUGUACAGUCCCAACUGAUCCUUGUUUAGUUGUUUUUACAAUGUUGCAGUUUUUCUCUUUCCUAUAUACUCCCUCUGUCCUCAGCUUACUGUAAUUGAGUUCAAGAUGAGUUCAGAGUGCAAAAGUAGUUUGCUUUGACUUACCUUAGCAGGGAGAAAGGCAGGAUGGAUCAAAAUCCUUCCCUUCCCAGGAGGCUCAUGCUGCAAUCUCUCCUGCUUGUGUGUUCUUUCUAAAUAAUAACUUUUGCUAUCUUAGCCACAUUCUAAUGUUGCUUGGCUGGACAUGUCCCAGUUUUCAUCUCUGAAAUGUUGGAGGGUAUGAAAGCAGGAAAGAAUGAGUUCACAUGACUUUUGAUCUAAAGACAAAUCUGGAAUUACGGUAAUUCUUUAUUAAUGUGAUAAUUUAAAAUAGAGCUUUUAAAGCACUUUACAUAAUUGAAGUAAUCAAGGCACCAGAUUCCAUCAGAUCUUGGGAUCAAAGUAGGCUUAGCCCUUGUUAGUACUUGAAUAAGCGACUCAAUGAAUACCAUUACAGUGUAAUUGUAUGCACGUCUAAUUAACACUAAGUACUACUCACUUUUAGAAGGAACUGGCAAAACUUAUUCUGAAUAUUCUUUGCCUAAGAAAAACGUAUGAAAUUCAUGGGUCAACAGGUUAUUUGAAGGCCCAUAUACAUAAUAAUAUUUAGCAUUUUUUUGCCCUUUUCAAGAAAUCAGAAUAUUUCUUUUGUGCCACUUCAUUAAGGGCAUAAUUUUGGAAAUAAACUAUUGAAUAAAGAUCAGAAAUACUUAAGUACAGUUCUGUUAAGAAGAAAAUCGCCAUUAACUUAAAUGAGCACAGAACCUGCAUAUUUAAACAUCUUGUUCAGCUCUGUUAUGAUUUGGCAAUGAAACAUUUCUGUUUCUUCCCUGGAUAAACAAAAAGUUGAUAUCGGCUGAAUUUAGUUUUCUCUUGAACAUUCUUCAUAGGACAUUCUUCUUGCUCAUCCACUGCAAUUGAAGCUCGAUAGUGCUUAUUAUAGUGAAACUUGUUUCGUCAAGCUGAGCAAAGAGAUAUGACUAGAAGCCUGAUGAACUGGAUAAGAAUUCUUGUUACCAUUUCCACGAAGCUGCUGUAAUAUAAAUUAAAGUGAGUAACAGUUAGGUGAAAUAGUUCAGUUAAAAGAAUAAUUGAAGUUAGUUGUGUAUACAUAUUUCAGUUAUGCCCGAUUAGCAUAGUUAAUUGGGAAGGUCUAGUGGUUCAUUAUAAUUGAGCAAAUUUCUCUGCAGUUUUGGAAGAUUUACGGUGCAGUUGCUCCACACUAAGUACCACUUAGUUUAGUGGGAAUUGAGUGUGUGUCUGCCUUCAAAUCACCUGUGGACAUAUAUGAAUUUGAAUUUCAUAGGGUUUUCUUAAGCAAGGAACACUCAGAGUUGGUUUUCCCAGUUAAUUCUUCUGAAAUAUAGCCUACAGGACCUCGUAUUCAUUGGUACUAUCCCAUCCAACCACUAACUAGGGUUGUCCUUGCUCAGCUUCUAAGACAGUGGUUCUUAACCUGUGGGUCCCCAGAUGCUUUGGCCUUUAACUCCCAAAAAUCCUAACAGCUGGUAAACUGGCUGGGAUUUCUGGGAAUUGUGGGCCAAAACACCUGGGGAUCCACAGGUUGAGAACCACUGUUCUAAGACCAUACGGGAUUGGUCCUAUUUAGACAAUGGGCCCCAACCUUUUUUUACUCAAGGAGCUCUUUUUAGAGUAAAUUUCUAUGGUGGAGCCCCAAGUUAAUAGUGUUUAGGCAUAGUGUUACAGGAAGAGGAAGAGGGGAUAGAUAGUAAGGGAAUGUAAAGAGCUCUCUAAACAAUUGUGAAAUGUCCAUGCAGUGAAAUUGUAUUUUAAAACUUUGAAAUUUACCAAAACAGCUGUUUAUUCUCAACUACUAAUAGACAUGAUUUUGUCCAAACUUGACCAUACGUAAAAAUUCUUCCAAAGUUCAAUAAAUCAAACCAAAUUUCUGUUCAGAAUGUAAUUUCUGUUUUUUAUUUUGAUUCCACUUUUUAUUUCUUAUUCUUUGAUUUCAUUCAGUUUUUAUUUAUUUUAUUUUCCUGGAGUGGCCAGAGCCCGAGGGAAGGAACAUAGGUUGAGAACCACUUCUUUAGGUAUUUAGAUAAUUCUUCAGUGGGAAUUACUACCCAGUAAAUGUGUAUAACUUGUUCAGACUAGAUGGAUCUCGCUUAAAUCGCCCUUGUUGUAAACCCCCUAUGUGUUAAUGCCUUUGCUUUACCUAAUAGUGGAUUCUUUUAAAAUGUACUAUGUCCUCCUGUAUUUCAAGCCUGGACUUGUGACUGAGCUGACCUGAGUAGCACUGAAAGUAUCAAAGGUGACUUCAAAAAGUUCACCUCUUCUGAGUGCUUUCCUCCCAGCUCUUUGCUGACAUCUGGUGUACAGAAAAGGCUAAGCAUUUUAAAUAAAAUAUUAAUACAGUAGUCUCACUUAUCCAAGCCUCGCUUAUCCAAGCCUCUGGAUUAUCCAAGCCAUUUUUGUAGUCAAUGUUUUCAAUAUAUUGUGAUAUUUUGGUGCUAAAUUCAUAAAUACAGUAAUUACAACAUAACAUUACUGCGUAUUGAACUACCUUUUCUGUCAAAUUUGUUGUAUAACAUGAUGCUUUGGUGCUUAAUUUGUAAAAUCAUAACCUAAUUUGAUGUUUAAUAGGCUUUUCCUUAAUCCCUCCUUAUUAUCCAAGAUAUUCACUUAUCCAAGCUUCUGCCAGCCUGUUUAGCUUGGAUAAGUGAGACUCUACUGUACAUAAUUAUGUCGAAGUAGCCUAAAUGCCUGGUCUUGGAAGCCCAGCAGGGUCAGCACUGAUAGAACUUAGAUGAGAGGCUACAAAGGAAGACCAGGUGCUGUAGGCUAUAUUUCAGAUGAAGGAACUGGCAAAACUAUCUUGAGUAUUCCUUACCAAAGAAAUCUGUAUGAAAGUAUUGGGGCCAUCAUACUUUCUUUCCAUCCUUAAUACUAUUAAACUUUCCAAAUUAAAGGAUGCUUGACAGCAGCUUAAAAAUAUCACCAAUGAAGAAAUAAUAUGAGAUGCAAGCAGGGAACUGGAUCUACCCAACAAACUCUUCUUUUCUUAUUGACUGGCUUAAGCAGUAUACAGUUAUGGACAAAUGCUACUGGUGCUUAAACAAAUAUUCUAUUCAGUGUAUUAUCCUUCCUUAUAAUUAUCGUAUCUAGCUGUAAAGUUAAAAAGAAUUCAUGGAAAUGUCCCAGUGAUUUGCACUAUGCUAGUUAUUUUUCUGUCUAAAGAAAAAGUUCAAAGGAAAAAGGCAGAUUUAAGAGUGGUGCUUACAUGUAAAGGUAAUGGCACUCCAUGCAGUCAUGCCGGCCACAUAAUCUUGGAGGUGUCUACGGACAACACCAGCUCUUCAACUUAGAAAUGGCAUUGAGCACCAACCUCCAGAGUCAGACACGACUAGACUUGAUGUCAGGGGAAAACCUUUUACCUUUACCUAUAUAUAAAAUAAUUUGUGGUGAUGAUUAGCAGCUUACCAAUCCAACUCAAGUUGGGAGAUCUGGCAGCAGCUAUCAACUAUGGCAGCUAUUCUGAACCUUUGUAUCACAAGAAAGGGCUCUUGCCUCUUCAUACCCUCUGAACUUCUUGGAUGCACCCGGUGGACAACAUCUGAAAAUAGGAUGCUGGAUAUAAUUGAUCUCUAGGGUGAUCCAGGCAUUUUUUUUUAUCAAUGCUGAAGAAUCUCCAUGUUUUGGUGCCAUCUUCUUUUGAAUACCACUUGAUAUGGGGGCAGCCGAUGGGCUCUCUCCACAGAAAAAGAUUAAUGCUAGAUUAUACCGUGUUUCCCUGAAAAUAAGACAGUGUCUUAUAUUAAUUUUUGCUCCCAAAGAUGCGCUAGGUCUUAUUUUCAGGGGAUGUCUUAUUUUUCCAUGAAGAAGAAUUCACAUUUAUUGUUGAACAAAAAAUGAACAUUUAUUAUAUACUGUACAGUAGUUGUCAUCACAAACCAGCAUAACCAGACAAACUGUGAAUCUUAUCAAGAAUUUCUUGUUACUACCAAUAUUUCCAUGUACAACACUCUAUGGUACGUACAUUUACCAAUCCUGCAUGCUCUGGUGUUCUGUUCAUUGGGCAUGCUUCCAAACAAAAACUUUGCUAGGUCUUACUUUCGGGGGAGGCCUUAUAUUUAGCAAUUCAGCAAAACCUCUACUAGGUCUUAUUUUCUGGGGAUGUCUUAUUUUAGGGGAAACAGGGUAUGAUACUGUAGAGAAGUUGUGUGUUAAACAGAGAUUAUUGAUAUGAUUUUAUUUGUUUGUUUGUUAAAAGAAAAAAAAGGGUUAUAUAUUAGCAAGGAAAAGCCUAACAUGGAAACUAGCUGGAAGCAGCAUUUGGUAGGUUGCCAUGGUAACACAGCUUCCCUUGGGAGAAAAGGGGCGUGGCUAAGAUGACAGUUGGAGGAUAUUCCCUUUUAAAAGUUCAGUUGCUGUGGGGGUUUAAAAAAGGACGGUUGCGGUUAGGUUUCGGAAAGAUUAGGAGCUGGGGAAAUCAGCUAAGGACGGCAGCUUAUGGUCACUCAGGGGAAAGGCUGGGAAUAUAAGCUGACCGGGGGAGUUUAGUAUACUGUAUUGAAGAGAAGUUAUUUAAGAAACAUCCAUUCAAGAAAGACUACAUUGUAACUUAAGAUCCGGAACGUUUACUGAUUGAAACCAUACGCUUAUGUACCAAAAAUAAACUUGAAUUUUGUUAUUGUUCAUAAAGAUAAGUCUCCUUGCCUCUCUGUAAGCCUGUUACCUCACGUUGGUGGCAGUUACCGUACCUAUCUAUAUAAGUUACCGUACUUUCCUAUAUAAGUUACCAUCUUUACUCAUUUAAACCCAAUCAGUUCCGUUAUCCUUCCUUAUCCACUAAAUCAUCCCUGUCAUACAUUCACACAUCCUCCAUCCCUCCCUCUCACACACGCGCACAUCUCCUCAAUUGGAGGCAGUAGUGGGAUUUAGACAAAGAUUUCCCCCUGCCUGAGUUGAGUAUCACAAAUUGGGCUCUCUUCAAUUGGUGCCAAGCGGUGGGAUACGUUUAACAUCUCAAACUAAGUGCCUUGAGACCGCAUAGUAAGAAAUCGUGAGGUAAAAUUUAAGGAAAAUGGCUACUAGACUACAGAAGAAGUUAGCAGGAGAGGCUAGUGAAUACCAAGGAGAUAGUUCGGACUCUGAGCAAACCCCUGAGACAAGGGAAACCCUUAAAUAUAAAAUUGAAUUGAGAACAUUAGAAUUGGAGGAUAAACAAAGAGAAAGGGAGGAUAAGCAAAGAGAGAGAGAAUGGGAGGAAAAACGAUGGGAACAAGAGAAGGAAUUGAAAAUAAUGCAGCUAGAGAAGGAUAAGGAAAUAGAACUGAGACGAUUGGAAUUGGAAAAAGAGAAAUUGGCACUGUCUCAACCACACAUUAUUAACCAAGAAGGGAAUGGUAGGACUGAAGCGUCUGAUCUACUUCUGAAGAGAUUCCCAAAGUUUAAUAAAGAUGAUGAUGUGGAAAAGUUUUUGAUUUCUUUUGAGAGGUGCUGCAGAGAUUUUGAAAUUGAUGAGGGAAAAUGGAUGCUUUAUUUAAGACCCCAGAUUUGUGGGAAAUUGUUAGAAAUAUAUGGUGAUGUACCUGAAGAGUCACACCGAGAUUAUAAUUUCUUUAAAAAGCAGGUACAACAGAAAUUGCAACUCACACCUGAGUUUUAUCGUUUAAAAUUCAGAUCUCUGAGGAAAGAAAAGCACCAGAGCUUCGCACAAGUAGCUUCAAAACAAGCUCAAUUAUUUGAUAGUUGGCUCAGAACCUCAGAAGUGGAAAAUUUUCAACAGCUGAGGGAAUUAAUUAAGUUGGAACAACUGUUUCAAUUAGUGCCCUCAGAUUAUCGGUGGUUAGUUCAAGACAGAAAGCCAUCAACUGCCGAUAAAGCGGCUUCAAUGACAGACCAAUUAAUCACUCUGAGGGAAGGAUUUAGGAAGGAUGAGGGACUAAGUGAGAGAAGGCAGAAUAAACCGCCAUUUUACAAUUAUCAAACACACACACAAUACAAAAAGACGCCUGCAGUAGAAAACACCGCCUACAGGAGGCCUGAGGUAAUUAAUCAGACCAAACCUGAGGUAAAAGCAAGGUGCUAUCAGUGUGGGAAGUCUGAUCAUCUAAAAUACCAAUGUCCUCUUUUAAGAAGAGAUAAAACAUCCUUCUUUAUGAAUAAAGAGCCCAAAGAAAAUACUGUUAAUAGUGAUAUUAAGUUGCUAAGCAAUACUGAAAAAGUCCCUAGGGAGAAACAAUGUUUAUUUAUUUUAUCCGAUGAAUUUUCUGAAGAUUAUUUAGAGCCUAUCACUAUUGUGAACCAACAAAAACAAGGUUGGAGGGAUACAGGAUCCCAGGUGUGUGUUAUCCACCCAAAAUCGGUACCUCAGAAAUAUCAAAAGCCCACCUCUGAGAUAAAUCUAAAGGGUUUGGGACCAGCUGUACCAGCUGAGGUAGUAUCUCUCCCAAUUGAAUACAAUGGAUGGAAAGGGAUCUGGGACGUUGCAAUUAGUUCAGAUAUCCCUCAUGAAUGUUUAAUCGGCAAUGACCUAGCUAGACAAGUUAAGAACUGGAAAAAGUUGUGUGAGGAGAAGGAAAAUUACAACAGAAGCCCUAUUCAGGAAGCAGUGUGCUUACCUAUUCAGCCAGAAUCUGAACAGGGUCCAGAAUCCAGUUCCGCCAUUAUCGAAAUUGUUAGUAAAACAGGGGGAGCACAAGAAAUUAAACAAGCUCCGGAGGAAGAUGAAUCCCUGAAGCCUUUGUUUAAGCAAGCUGAAAGUUUACCAGAUUCAGCAGAAGAACUACCCAAUAAAUUUGUUACAAAAGAUGGUGUGCUUUAUAGGGAAAGCAAAAGUGUGAAAUCAGAAGACAGGUCAGGAGUACAUAGCCAGAUUGUAGUGCCAGAGAAGUUUAGAAAUCAGAUUAUGGGGGUGGCACACGAUAACCCUCAUGGUGGACAUUUGGGAACCAGAAAAACUACAAAGAGGAUUGCAAGAAACUUUUAUUGGCCAGGCAUGUUCCAGAGUAUAAAAAAGUUCUGUCAAUCAUGCAAUACCUGCCAAAGAUUGAGCUCUGGUAGAGACAAGGUGAAAGCGCCUCUGAUUCCAGUGCCAGUGAUAGAGGAACCAUUCUAUCGAGUGGGAAUAGACAUUAUAGGACCUCUUUGCAAGCCAAGUAGACGUGGUUAUAGAUACAUUUUAACCAUGAUUGACUAUGCUAUGAGAUAUCCAGAGGCAGUAGCUCUCACCAAUAUAGAGACUACCACCAUUGCCAAUGCAUUACUAUCCAUUUGGGGAAGAACUGGAUAUCCUAAAGAAUUAAUAUCGGAUUUAGGGACACAGUUUACCUCAAGACUCAUGAAAAAACUGCUUGAGUUAUGUGGUAUUAGACAUAUUACCUCUACGGCUUACCACCCGCAAACAAAUGGGUUGGUGGAAAAUCUGAAUAAGACUCUAGUAAAAAUGAUAAAAUCAUACAGCCAAGAGAGACCACAUGAUUGGGACAUCGAGCUACAACAACUGCUAUUUGCUUACAGAUCUGUCCCACAAGACAGCAUGGGCUAUAGUCCUUUUGAACUUUUAUAUGGCCGGAAAGCUCGAGGUCCAUUGGAUCUAGUUAAGGAGUACUGGGAGGCGAGACCAGCAGCUGAUGCAGUUCCAGUGGCCGAAUAUUUGACCGAUCUUCAGUCAACCAUGAGAGUGGCGAGAGACAUCGCGCACGAACAUCUAGCCGUAGCCCAGCAGAGACAGAAAAGCUACUACGACAUUUCAGCCAAGCCAAGAUUCUUCAGUGUUGGAGAUGAAGUUUUGUUUUUAUCACCCACCAAAACUAAUAAGCUCCAGAUGGAUUGGACGGGACCUUGGAAAGUCACAAAGAGACUUAAUCAAGUGAACUAUGACAUCCUAGAUGAACAGUUAAAUAUUGGGAAAAGGGUCCAUGUAAAUAUGUUGAAACCCUAUAUUGGAAGAUCAGCUAAUGUAUGUUUUAUGAUUUCAGAAGAAUCUGUUCCUUUUUCUUUUUGGGAAGGUGAUCGCACCUUAUGUAAAAAUUUAGAUCAGGUGGAGAUUAAUUCUGAUUUGGCCCAAUCUCAACAGAAAGAACUAAUAGGAGUUUUGAAUAAAUACAAAGAUAUGUUUUCUGAUUUACCGGGAAGAGUCCAAGGAGUGGAGCAUCAAAUUAACACUGGUGAUGCAACUCCCAUAGCAUCCCCUCCUUAUAGGGUAACUGGGAGAUUCAAUGAGUGUAUCGAUAGGGAGGUAAGGGAGAUGCUGGAUUUAGGUAUUAUAGUACCUUCCAGUAGUCCCUGGGCUUCGCCAGUUGUCUUAGUUCAAAAGCCCGACAAGACUAUUAGGUUUUGUGUUGACUAUAGAUUGCUAAACAAGGUGACCCAAACAGACACUUACCCAAUGCCCAGAUUGGAUGAUCUUUUAGAAAGAAUUGGAAACUCUAAAUUUAUUAGUAGUAUUGACCUUACUAAAGGGUUUUGGCAAGUGCCCAUGGCACCACAGGACCAGCAGAAAACGGCUUUCAGGACCCAAGGGGGACUCCACGAAUUCACAGUUCUUCCUUUUGGACUCAAAAACAGCCCCGCCACCUUUCAAAGGUUGGUUGAUAAAGUUUUAAGCGGCCUAGGAAGUUUUUGUGUAGCCUAUAUAGACGAUAUAGGUAUCUUUAGUAAUUCAUGGGAAGACCACCUGAAACAUUUGGAUUUGGUGUUAAAGCGAUUGAAAGAAGCAGGCCUAACCAUCAAGGCUUCUAAAUGCAAAUUAGGGAAUAACACCACUAAAUAUUUGGGACAUUUAGUAGGAGGUGGUUGUAUUAGACCAGACCCUACUAAAGUAGAAGCGAUUCAUAAUUGGCCAAUUCCUAAAACUAAAAAACAAGUAAGAUCUUUCCUUGGAUUGGCUGGGUACUAUCGCAAAUUUAUCCCCUCCUUUAGUGAUUUGGCGGCCCCUCUUUCGGACUUAACAAAAAAGAAGAACCCCAACCAGAUAAUUUGGACUCCAAAUUGCCAAUCUGCUAUGGAUAAAUUGAAGAAAGCCAUCACCUCAAAUUCAGUUUUAAAGGCCCCAGACUUCGAGAUUCCUUUUAUUUUAACAUGUGAUGCGUCUGAUGCGGGUUUGGGUGCUGUCCUGAGUCAGAAAGAUCCAGAAGGGGAAGACAGACCUAUAUUGUUUUUAAGUAAAAAGUGGCAUACGCAUGAAUACAGCAUGUCCACAAUUGAAAAAGAAUGUUUUUCUAUUAUUUGGUCUAUCAAGAAACUUAAACCUUAUUUGUGGGGUAGGAAAUUUAUUUUGCAGACUGACCAUGCACCAUUAAAGUGGUUAGAUAAUGUCAAAGGAACUAACAAUAAAUUAUUAAGAUGGAGUCUAACCUUACAGGAUUUUGUUUACGACAUUAAACAUAUUACAGGUAAAAAGAACGUGGUAGCGGAUGCACUAUCUAGGGUAACUUGAAUGAUGAAGGUUUGUAUUUUAUGAUUUAUGUAUUGUAUCUAACUUUGUGUUUUAUUUCAGGAAUACUGUUAUAUAUGUAUAUAUGUAUGUACUAAUUAUUUUUGCCAUUCUAGGCAUAGAAAAGGCAAAAAUAAUCUUUCUAAGGGGGGAGGUGUAGACGUUGUGUGUUAAACAGAGAUUAUUGAUAUGAUUUUAUUUGUUUGUUUGUUAAAAGAAAAAAAAGGGUUAUAUAUUAGCAAGGAAAAGCCUAACAUGGAAACUAGCUGGAAGCAGCAUUUGGUAGGUUGCCAUGGUAACACAGCUUCCCUUGGGAGAAAAGGGGCGUGGCUAGGAUGACAGUUGGAGGAUAUUCCCUUUUAAAAGUUCAGUUGCUGUGGGGGUUUAAAAAAGGACGGUUGCGGUUAGGUUUUGGAAAGAUUAGGAGCUGGGGAAAUCAGCUAAGGACGGCAGCUUAUGGUCACUCAGGGGAAAGGCUGGGAAUAUAAGCUGACCGGGGGAGUUUAGUAUACUGUAUUGAAGAGAAGUUAUUUAAGAAAUAUCCAUUCAAGAAAGACUACAUUGUAACUUAAGAUCCGGAACGUUUACUGAUUGAAACCAUACGCUUAUGUACCAAAAAUAAACUUGAAUUUUGUUAUUGUUCAUAAAGAUAAGUCUCCUUGCCUCUCUGUAAGCCUGUUACCUCACGUUGGUGGCAGUUACCGUACCUAUCUAUAUAAGUUACCGUACUUUCCUAUAUAAGUUACCAUCUUUACUCAUUUAAACCCAAUCAGUUCCGUUAUCCUUCCUUAUCCACUAAAUCAUCCGUCAUACAUUCACACAUCCUCCAUCCCUCCCUCUCACACGCGCGCACAUCUCCUCAAUUGGAGGCAGUAGUGGGAUUUAGACAAAGAUUUCCCCCUGCCUGAGUUGAGUACCACAAAUUGGGCUCUCUUCAGAUACUAAACCAGAUGAAACGGGUUUAGUAGAACCCAGGAUUCUCCUUUUGUAACUGUUUGUCUGCAUGUGACUGCUUUCUUGGAAAUCAGUCCCCAAACAGUGCUUACUUCUAGGCGAAAUACGAAUGGGAUG